AUGAAACCUCCUUUCCCUUCCGCCGCACAGGCAUAUGCCAAGUCCAUCGACUCGGCAACUGCCAGUCGUCACCACCCUGAAGCCCGCCUCACCAUCCUCCCACUCCCUUCCCUCGCUGCCCUCUAUCCUAUGGACGAGCCUCACCACCUCCUCAACCAUCCUUCCUCAGCACAUCAUCACCACAUGGACCCAACCUCUACUCUCACACACCCUCUCUCCCGCUCAAAUCCAACCCAACCAUCGCAACAACAGCAGCUCAAUUCACAAUCGCGCUCUCACCAGCAGCAGCAGCCAGGGUACCAGUCCUAUGAUAGCCGGUACCAAAAGUACCCCGGCUCAAAUCCUCCCUCCUCUGAACAGCAACAAUCCAAAUCUACAGCACCCUUUGUUGCUCAGAUUGAGCAGAAAUUCACUUCCAGAGAGACCGGAGCUAGACAAGGGCCAGAGUACAUGGGCACUAGUAUGGAGUCUCUCCUGAACGCGAUCGAAGUCCACUCCUCAUCCGCAUCUUCCUCCUCCUCUCGCUCUCCCUCUCCUUCCUCCGCCAGCACUUUCCACAGCGUAUCGCCUGCACCUCAAUCACCUCAGCUCGGCAGCGCCACCAACAACAAGGCGCGCAUGUCCAUCAGCAAUCUCCUUGACGAUACCCCCUUUGAGAACAGCCGCGUACCUGCCAUGCCCGCUGCCCCCCAACAACAAAAGCAGCAGCAACAACAACGCUCGCCCAAGGUCAAGGCUAAGUCGACCUCACCCACCUUCUCGACCAUCGACAUCAACAAGCGCAAGUGGUCCAACCUCAGCAGCGCCAACUUUGAGGAAGAGCGGAAUGCAAAGAUCCGUCGGUCAAUCCAAGCCCACGUCUCUGGCCGCCCUGGGUCGCUCUCCCCCAAGCUCUCUUCAAUGCCCUCGUCUGCAAGCACUGAUACCCAGUGUGGAACUGUUCUGUCUCGUCAGGUCUUUGAAUCUAAGGAUCCUUCGACGCGUUACCAGAUGACGACCAUCAGCUGCCUGCACGCCUCUGUCGCUCAAAAAUCGUAUGGAUCUGAGAAGCGGUUCCUUUGCCCUCCUCCUAUUGUCAACAUUCAGGCCCCUCACGAUGGAUCUAACUCGGCGCUGAGCAGUCGUCCCCAGGUGACGAUGUCAGUGAUUUGCGAGACGGGCGACAACAACAGCGCGUUGGGCCAACGAUCGACGCUGGAGGAUGAUCGCACGGGCACCUUCCGUUAUCUGUACGUGACUGGCACUGCCAAAGCGAAAUCUUUUCAAUUGAAGCUGCAAGUCUACGACCGCGCCUGUUUGCCCAACGGCUUCGUCGCUGCUGCGGCUGGUCCCGAUGCCGAGGAAGGUGUCGUCAAUGUUGCCGACCUUCCCGCUCCCUAUGCCGUCUUUGACAGUGCUCCCAUCGCCAUCAUCUCCAAGCCCUCCAAGAAGACCGCCAAGGCCCGCAACGUCUCCUCCUGCAUCCUCGCCGGCUCCCUGGUCUCGCUCUUCAACCGCAUCAACUCCCAGACCGUCCGCACAAAGUACAUGUCUGUCCAGGACGGCGAGUUCUGUGCCAAGAACUCGACCUGGUCUGCUUUCUCGAUCACCAUCGUCGCUAACGGCCCCUGUGGUCUCGGACGCAUCGGUUCGCUCAAGUCUCAUCACCGUCAGUCUCCUGUUCAGUCAUCUUCGCCCAUUACCUACGGUGCAGAGAUCAUCUUGACCGAGACCGAGACGGGAAUCCAGACUGACCGCCUGAUUGUCUGCAAGGUCGAGAACGGCCGUAUCCAGCAGAACGCCACUGGUCCCAUCUGCCAGAUGCAGAAGGUUGCCCUGAUGUCGACCGAGCGCAACGAAGAUGGUGAGCAUGUGUACCUGAGCGCUGUGGGCAAUGACCAUCAGGUUGGCCGGUACAUGGACCACUCGACCACAACCAAGACCCUCUUGAACUACCAGGCCUCGACAAUGAUUGGCGGUAACCCCGACUUUUUGAAGCCUGGUGGCGACGACUUUUUGUGCUGGACCAUCGUUGGCAUCUCCAAGUUCGAGUACACCUACUUCGAGUCGCUUCCUACUGCCUCGGAGAACGAGACUCCUUAUCCUAUUACCCCGUUCCCUACCCUGAUGAAGAACCCCGUCUAUAACGCGGCCUCACACACGCUCGAGUUGGUGGUAUCUAACUUUCACGCGCCGGCCGGAGCAAAACAGCAAGACCAGGCGCCCAUGGAUGUCUGGCUCGGAUCCCGAGGACCCCUCAAGACCCAAAUUAUUCGCAGGACCACUCUGAACGAGUGUUCUACUGUCGAAGGCGGCAGCGGUGGUGCUCAUGUUGACCAGACGACACUAUUGGUUGAUCUGCCACAGGGCAACCAGAUGGGCGUCUCACCUGAGGAAAAGUCGAUCUCGUUGCCUCUGCUCUUUGUCCGUCAGACUGAUGGUAUUACCUACAACUCCCGUGCCAAGGUCGUCUUUACCUGUCCCGACGAUAGUGAGCGUUGGACCGUCAGCAUGGCCUAA